AUGUCGGCUUAUCAGGAAACACUCAAAAAAAUCUUUGGACCUUCGAAAUCUACUACCCCUUCAACAUUCACUGUGUUUAACCAAGAAGAUUUAGUUGAAGCCGCUAAACUCACAAAGGUUUAUUAUGUCAAAGCCAAUAGUAACUCAAUUCAAGCAGCACUUGACCAAGCUGUCGAAGAUUGUAAAACAAAGGAUGUAGAUAUGGUUCAUUACGCUGUAAUGACUUUUAUUUCUCAUUAUCCCGAAGCUAGAAACCAAGGACUUCGAGUUCCAUCUUUGGCCGCUCGUCAUCCAAACCUUUUUGCUCAAAUUGGAACGGCUCCAGGUGAUGAAAAACUUCUUGAUUAUUGGCGUGAAGAUCCUAAUUUGAAUGAACAUCAUGAGCAUUGGCAUAUUUUAUACACUAAUGUACCAAAGCCUGAGCCAACUAAACCUGACGAGACUUAUAUGAAAGAUCGAUUCGGUGAACUUUUUAUUCAUAUGCAUAGACAAAUGAAUGCUAGAUAUAUUGCUGAACGUCUUAGUAUUGGUUUAGAUGUUACAAAACCUUUGGAAGAUUAUAAUGAGAUUAUUCCGGAGGGUUAUACUCCUCCAAUAAACUUAAAAUCUCGAAGGAGUCCUACUUAUGCCGCUCGUUCUACUGGUAAACAAAUGAUUUUGAGUGAUGCUAUGUUGAAUACGCAAAACGGUGAUGAUCUUACUGUAGCUAAAGUGUCAAAAGCCCGUGAUCUUAUUAAAAAAUCUAUUGAAACCGUAACACCACAAAAUGGUGGUUACUUUUUGGACGAAAAUAAUAAACAAAUUGAACCAAUUGUUGCUGAUAAGCUGGGUCUUGCAAUUGAAUCUGGUCUUAAAGGCAGAUACGCAAACCUUAACAUGUAUACUCCUUUUCAUAUGGCUGGACAUAUAAUAUUAGGGAAUCUUACAGAUCCGGGCCAGAAUGGCAAAGGUGUAAUGGGUGAUGUUCGUGUUGCGUGCCGAGAUCCAAUUUUCUGGAGAUGGCAUAGACAUGUUGAUCAAAUCUAUCGACGUUAUCAAGAAAGACUAGGUCUAAAUCAUUUUGACGACUCCCCACCCGUAAAGAUUUCAUCUGCAGAUAUUUCUCUCGCUUUCAAAGAAAAUAUAGCAAAAGAUAUAAAAAAUCUCAAACAAUUAGUGGACCCCACACAAGAUGAAACUGUAACGAAAUGGGGUCAAUCCCAUUUUGGUUCUUAUUCUACCACUGAAUUACAAACUAAGAUGGCAAAAAGGAAUUUUACUUGGACUGAAGAUGAUGAAUCUACCCAAGAAAUUCAAUACAUUUUUCCAAAAGAAUGGUAUUAUUUCUUCCGUGUUGAAAAUACUUCUAAUCAG